AUGUGUAUUUGUUUCUUCAAUUUAAAAAAUCCUAAACCCCUGAAUCAAGCAAGUCUCAACCUACCCUGCUACUAACCCCUCUUUCAUUACAUUGCAUCUUCUUUCUUCACUCAGAGCAUUCAUUGUUCUCUCCACACACCCCCGUUCCAUUCCAUUCCAUCCAAACCCUAAAUUCAACCAUGACUUCUACCUUCUUCACAUCAUCAUUCUCCACCCUCUCCUUUAAUCCCACCAUCACCAACACCCCCUCUCAACUUCCCCCCAACCUCCAUCUCCGCCGCCGCCGUCUCACCGUCAAGGCCCGCUCUUCUAACUCCCCUGUUCUCCACCACCUCAAAACAGUCGCUGGUGUAACAAUCUUCGCUGCCGCAACCGCCGCCGCCCUCACAUUCCCCACUCCCCCUGCCAGAGCAGAGCCACCACCGACACUCACUGAACUCCUCGACGAAACCAGCGAUGCCAUCGCCGUCGCCGACGACGGAACAACCUCUCCCCUAUCGGGAAUAAUCGAAACAAACAACGAGUCCAUUGAAACUCUAAAGUCUCUGCUUCAGCAGAAGCUAGAACUCGGCGAAGACGAAGAGGCACUGAAGAUCCUUAAAAGCUUGAUCUCAUCACAACCGGAGGUAACAGAUUGGAAAUUCAUCGCGGCGAGGUUAACGAUCGAAACGGGCGACACCGACAGCGCGCGAAGUUUCUACCAGGAAAUCCUGAAGUCAAACCCACUUUCUUUCGAAGCGCUUUUCGAGAACGCGCUUUUGAUGGACCGUUCGGGCGAAGGCGAAGCUGUAAUUGAGAAACUCGAAGAGGCGCUGAGAGUUGCAGAGGAAGACAACAAGGAAAAAGAAGCGAGGGAUGUGAAAUUUAUAAUGGCUCAGAUUCAGUUUCUGCAGAAGAAUGUUGAUAAAGCUUUGGGUAUGUAUGAGGAAUUAACCAAAGAAGAUCCUAAUGAUUUUAGACCUUAUUUUUGCAGGGGAAUGAUUUAUGCAUUGCUUGGUAAGAAUGAUGAAGCUAAGGAACAGUUUGAAAAGUAUAAGGAAUUGUCACCAAAGAAGUUUGAGCUUGAUGGAAACUUGAGAAUCCCUUUGUCUACGAUCAAAGACUUUGGUACUGAUCAGAGCUGAAAUAUUAAUAUUAAUACUAAAUUAUAGUUUUAUAGUAACAUUAUUACAUGAUAACUCUGAGGUCUUUUUUGCAAUUGGAAUAAAACAAGGAUGAAUGAUUAUGGAUGCUACCAAACCAACACAAGGUUUUGCUGUCUAGUUUUUUAGAUGAUUCUUCGAUUUACCUGCAUCUGAGUUGAAUUAUUUGACUUUAGGGAUCUUAAUAAUAUGGGUGGGGUGUUAAAAGAGCUUAGUUUUAUGAUUAGUGAGAAUGAUAGAGAAGUAAUAAGGAUGACAAUUGAGUUACUUAUAAUGCACGUUUUGUGAAGUUGGUAAUGGUAACUAGUUUUUUGGGGUUGAUUUGUCAUCUGCAUUUUUGGAGGGGUAGUUCCCAACCACCACAUAUUGUAAUAAACGGCUUGCUUUUCUUGCUAAGCUACAAUGUAUUAAGGAAACCUUAUGCCAACUGAAUUCUUCUUUCGCA